AUGGACUGGGAGAAGUACAGGCCGGCGCUGCCCCCGGCGCGAGGCGUGCACGUGCCGCACCUGGCGCGGUUGGCGCGAGGGCAAGGCAGCAGCCAGACCCCCGGCUCUCAGGCCAGCACCGACGACACCACCGACGGCGGAACUGCAGGGUCGCAGCUGACGCACCUGCUUCCGCAGAAGGUUCCCCAGUGGCUGGAGCUGUUGGAAGAUCUCUUCAGCGCGCCAUUUGUUCGCGCUGCGCGCGAUCGGCGCAUGCAGCAGUUGUUCGAUCACGACGAGUUCGUGCACGUGUCGGUCGACGCCACCAUCAGGGCGGCCGCGCGCCUCAAAGGGCAGGCGAAUUAUCGAGACUCUGCGGAAAAGAGAGCCGCCGCGCCAUUCGACGACACGGCUGCCAAGAGGCGCAUCCUCACAGUGCGCGGCCGCACGGCGGCCGUCGCAGGCAUGUGGCCGAUCGCGUCUGAGGCCGCGCGGAACAUUAAGGAGAUGCUUCAGAUGCGUCUUCCACAGGCAGCUCUCGAUCAGCGUCGCUCGAUCGCGAGGGACGAGCCCUCUGGUGAGUUGGGCGGCCAGCUGUUGCAGAUCUGCAAGAAUCUGACCUGGCUAUGCCUGGAUCCGGCCAGGGCAGACAGCCUGCGCAUGGUUCUGAACGAAGUCAACAAUAUUGAUUAUCGGGCUACCUCGGGCGCGUGGGGCCCAGCGUAUACUGGUGGACAACUGCAACCCCUGACGCCAGGCCAGAAAAGGAGUCGGGGCGCAGUGAAGAGCGACAACAUGCCCAGUGGAGAGGCGCAGCGCCUCCUGGACAACCUGAACGGGCAAGAGCCUUUCAAGAACGCCGGUGAGUUCGUUAGAGCCAUGGUGAACCGCGGCACAGCGAGCGGGCGGCUCCUGAUAGAUGUGCUCUGGUCGGCUACGUCGGUGGAGCGUGCGCAGUUCUUGUUCAACAACGCGCGGGCGCGCCACUCCUUACCCGAGAAGUGCCAAUCGCUGAUUGGUUCUGGCACGUCGCCGAACGCGGCGCUGCGCGCCGAGGUCAACAGGUGGUUCCGCAGCCAGCCUGAGCUCUACCUUGAAACGCUGGAACUGCAGCUGGCGGCGGCCACCCGCGCCAAGCUGAUCGCGCACAACGCUGCCGUGUACGCGCCAGCUCUGAGAGCGCUCACCUCGCAGACAGUGCUCGCGACCGCGAUGGGCCGCCAGCUCGCGUCCCCCGACGAAUGGCGUCGCUUCUGCGCGGCUCGGGCGUCGGGCGUCGGCGCGCCUUCGAAGGCGUGCCUGCCCAGGAGCGCCCAGCGGAAGGCUUCUCAGCCGUUGGCCAAGCAGUGGGCAAAGUAUCGUAAGAACUGUAAGCCUAUCGUUCUGAAGAGGCUGGCGGCGCCGAAGGUUGCGCAGAAGAG